CUUAUGUGGUAAUAAUGAAUUAUUGUUUCCAGUUUUAUAUGUUAACAAACGAUGGAAUGAAUGCGUAACAUAUUUAAUAUGGAGAAGAAUUACAAUAUAUAGAUACAAUAUUAUGAAAUUUGUAGAAUUAAUAAAAAAGAAACCAAUAGCAGGUGUAAUAAAAUAUAUAAAACGGAUAGAAUUCGAAAGAAUAGAUAAUUAUUUUAAUACGAAUGAGUUUUUAUUAGAAGACAUUGUAAGUAUAUGUCAAGAUAUAAUAUCUAUAUCAUUCAAGGAUUGUGGAUGGGGAUUUCUUAACAAUAGUUCACUAAAGAUGACAUUGAAUACAUGCAAGAAUCUAAAUAAUAUAAUUAUUCAUGGAAGUAAUCGAAUAGCGCCAAAAACAGUCUUAAGUAUACCAGAAAGAUGUACAACUAUAAAAACUAUAAAAAUACAAAAUUGCGAACGAAUAUUUGAUAAAAUAAUAUAUCAAUUAGUGAGUAAAUAUCUGAAAAUUGGAAUUAAUAAAGAUCAACCUAUAAUAGACUGCUUUUCGACAAAUGAAACAGAAGAUAAUCAAGCUAUAGAAGAUAUAUUUUACGAAGACUAG